AUCACACAUACAUAAUUAUACAUACACACACCUCUCUCUUUGUCUCUCUCUCUCUCUGUAUAUUACACACACUCCCGUGAUAAUCUUGUUCUAGAUUUCACACAAUCUCAGACCAAACAAACAAAACUCAUUACAACUCCUACUUCUCUUAAUGGCCCUGUCCUAAAUUUCACUAAUGUCGAUACCCAACGUUAAAUUUACCCACCUCGUAUUCAUUUUCUUAGUACACCUUUCCUAUUUUUCCGGCGCCGGCGCAACGGAAUUUGACUUGAGUACCUUGACUCUAAGUAAUUUAAAGCUUCUUGGUGAUGCACACUGGAGCAACGCGACCCUAAUGCUCACUAAGGACCUCGCCGUCCCUAAUUCCGGCGCCGGAAAAAUACUUUACUCUAAGCCCAUCAGAUUCCGGCAGCCCGGGGUUGAUAUUCCGGCGAGUUUCUCAACGUUCUUCUCGUUCUCAAUCACUAAUCUCAAUCCGUCAUCUAUUGGGGGUGGUUUGGCGUUUAUUAUCUCGCCGGAGGAUGAGUCGGUGGGAUAUUCCGGCGGUUAUCUCGGGACUAUAGACGAUUCACCGAACGGCGUCGUUGCGGUUGAGUUUGAUACUUUAAUGGACGUUGAGUUCAAAGAUAUUAAUGGGAAUCACGUGGGUUUGGAUCUAAACUCGAUGAUUUCGACUCAAGUUGGUGAUUUGGAAUCGAUUGAUGUUGAUCUUAAAAGUGGCACUGUAGUGAACUCGUGGGUCGAGUACUCCGGGUCAACUCAGGUAUUCGAUAUCUCAGUUUCCUAUUCUAAUUCGAAACCUAAACAACCCCUUUUGUCCUUUGCUCUUGAUCUUGAUAAGUAUGUUAGUGAUUUUAUGUAUGUGGGGUUUAGUGGGUCUACUCAGGGGAGUACCGAGACUCAUAGCAUUUUGUGGUGGAGUUUUAGUUCACAUUUUGAUUCAGAUUCUAAAAAUGGUUCAGCGUCUAUGUCGCCGCCACCCACGAGUCCUUUGAUGAACCCGGCUGCUAAUUCGGUCAGCCCGACUCCCGUUGAGUCGAAUAGGACCGUUUUACGCAGUUCGGAUGGUGGCAAGAAGUGUCAUAGCCAAUUGUGUAGAGAAGGUGCAGGGGCUGUUGUUGGAGUUGUAACGGCUGGGGCAUUUGGUUUGGCCUUGUUUGCGAUGCUUAUUUUUUGGGUUUAUUCGAAGAAAGUAAAGCAUGUGAAAAAAUCGGGAUCACUGGCCUCGGAGUAUAUUAAAAUGCCUAAAGAAUUCAGCUAUAAGCAACUGAAGUUGGCCACAAAAAAGUUUGAUUCUUCAAGGAUUAUCGGUCAUGGGGCGUUUGGGACUGUUUAUAAGGGGAUAUUGGCGGAGACGGGUGACAUUGUGGCGGUAAAAAAGUGUAGUCAUAGUGGGCAAGGUAAGGCGGAGUUUUUCUCUGAAUUGUCUAUAAUUGGGACACUUCGGCAUAGGAAUCUUGUUAGGCUUCAAGGUUGGUGUCAUGAGAAGGGCGAAAUUUUGUUAGUUUAUGAUUAUAUGCCUAAUGGGAGUCUUGACAAGGCGUUGUUCGAAUCAAGAAUGACAUUACAAUGGGCUCAUAGGAAGAAGAUAUUGUUGGGUGUUGCUUCUGCUCUUGCGUAUUUACAUCAAGAAUGUGAAAAUCAAGUGAUUCAUAGGGAUGUGAAGAGUAGUAACAUAAUGUUAGAUGAAGGGUUUAACGCUAAACUAGGUGAUUUUGGGUUAGCUAGGCAGAUAGAGCAUGACAAGUCUCCGGAUGCCACGGUGGCUGCAGGCACAAUGGGGUACUUGGCUCCAGAGUAUUUGUUAACAGGAAGAGCCACCGAGAAAACUGAUGCCUUUAGCUACGGGGCUGUGGUGCUUGAGGUGGCCAGUGGAAGGAGACCAAUUGAAAAAGACGUAAAAAGGGUGGAGAAAACCGGAACCGGCAGCAAUUUGGUAGAAUGGGUGUGGAGUUUGCAUAAAGAAGGAGCUCUUCUAGUUGCAGCUGAUCCAAACCUUCAUGGGGAGUUUGAAGAAAGUGAAAUGAGAAGGGUAUUACUAGUUGGGCUAGCUUGUUCUCACCCAGACCCCAUAGCCAGACCCACAAUGAGAGCUGUGGCUCAGAUGCUAGUGGGUGAGGCUGAGGUUCCAAUAGUCCCAAGAACCAAGCCAUCAAUGAGUUUCAGUACCUCUCAUCUGAUACUGAAUUUGCAGGACAGUGUUUCUGACUUGAAUGGCAUGAUCACCAUCUCCACUUCCUCAUCAGACCACAGCUACAAUGGUGACAGUAGCAUUGUUGGACUAGUCUAGUUACUAUCCCAUUUUUCUUUUUAUUUAAUAUUUUUAUAUGUACAUAUGUUUAUAUCAUAAUAAUGUGUAUGUAAUGUAUAAGACAAUUUAACAUACAAAAAGAAGCCAAGGGCUUGGUGGU